UGCGUAGAUGGCGUGUUAUAUCUAGCCACAUGUUGCUAUUCAGCUUCGAAAGAGAGACGAUAAUAAUCGUGUGCUCGAUAUACUUGGUAAAUUUUAUUUUCGAUUUCUAAACAAAGAGAAGAAGAAGUAUAAGGAUAGUUGCCGGUAACUUAUGAAACAUAUAUGCUAUGGGAAAAGACAGAAAGUUGAAGAAAGGAAGACAAGAGGAGGACUUUGGAGAGGAGGAGGUUGAAAAUGAUAACUUAAAUUCUGAAGAAUCAUCCACUACAGCUGGAAUUAAAAAAAGGAAAUCCAAAAAGAAGGAUGAUAGUGACAAAACUACAGAUCUUGCACAGAAAAUUGAAUCUCUGUCUCUGGAAGACUUAAGUAAUCAACGAUCAAAACCUUCAAAUAAAAAAGAAGGAAAGAAAAAUAAAAUGCGAGCAGAGAAAAAUAAAGGUGAUGACAGCGAAGAUGAAGCUUUUGGUAAUAAAUUUGAAAAACAAACUAAGAAAGGAGAUAAAAAAAAGAUAGUUGAUGAUGAUAAUGACAAUAUAAUGGAUGAUAAUAUAAAGUCAAAUAAGAAAAAAGGUAAAAAAAGUAAAGAUGAAAGUGAUGACGAUGAAAUUUCAACCAAACAAUCCAAAGGAAGAAAAAGUAAGAAAAAAGAUGUCAGUGAUGAUGAAUAUGAAAAUCGAGAUCAAAGAGAAGAAAAAUUUAAUUCAAAAAAGCAAAAAGAAAAUAAAUCAAAAUUAGAACAGAGUGAUGAGGAAGAUGAAUCAAUAGUAGUAAAGGAUAAUAAGUUAAAUAAAAAAUCUAGGAAAGGUAAAAGCGACUCAAUUGAUGAUGAUGAUUUAAUUGAAACUGCAAAAGCUUCUAGGAAACAAAAAGGAAAAAAAGUAAUUGAUGAAAUUAGUGAUAAUGAUUCUGAAAGUGUUAGUAAUGUUGUAAGGACUAAGAAAAAAGAUGAUCAUUCUAAAAAACAGAAGGAAUCAAAAGAAGAAAUUGAUAAUGAAAGUAUAGUCCCAAAAAAGAAGUUAAUGAAACCAAAGUCAGUGUUUGAAUUAUUAGAUGUGGAAGAUGAUGACAUGGAUCUUGAUGAUGAUGAUGAUGAUGAUGAUGAUUCUAAUAAAGCUAAAAGCAAGCCUGAAAUGAAGAAACAAUCUUCUGAAGAACAAGAUAAUUUUGCAAUAGGAAAAGGUAAAGAUGAAAAAGGUAAAAAGUCUAAAAAGAAAGAAAGAAAGAAGAAACACGAUGAGGAUGAAGAAGUAGAAAAAAUGUUAGAGGAAUUAGCUUUAGAAAUAGAAGGAAAGAAACCUGCUGCUGAAAAACAGAAAGAAAGUACUCCUGAAAAUAUUGAACAAGAUACAAAAAUGGAAGAAUCAGAAAAAGUAUCUAAGAAGAAGAAAAAGAAGAAAAAUGAAGUAGAAUUAAUUGAAACUCAAAUAGAAGAAAUUGAAGAUGUAGUUGAUGCUGAGAAAGAAGAACAUACAGUUAAAACAGCAGCACAGAAAAAGAAAGAAAAGAAAGAAAAAGAAAAGCAAAAGAAAUUAUCACAAAAAACACAGGAGCGUAAAAAGAAUGAAGCUGAAAUUGAAGUUUCAGCUACUACAGUCAAACCAAAUGUUGUUAUGGAAAUUGAUACAGAGACUGCAAUGGCUGCUGAAGAAGAAAAAGAAGAAGCUGAUGAUGAUGAUAGUAAACAAAAGAAGAAGAAGAAAAAGAAAGGAGAAGAAGAAAAGAAAGACAAAAAGAGACCUGGUAAAAAACAGAUUUUAGCAAUGCAAGAAGCAUUGAAAAAGUUAAAAGAGGAAGAAGAAAGGAUUAAAUUAGAAGAAGAAGCUAAACAACGUGCAGCUGAAGAAGCUGAACGAAAACGACAAGAACAGUUGAGACUUGAACAAGAAAGAAAAGAAAGAAAAAAACAGAAAGAAAAAGAAAAAAGAGAAAGAUUAAAAGCUGAAGGUAAAAUACUGACAAAAUCACAAAAACAAUCUCGUGCUCGUAUGGAAGCAACUUUAACUGCUCUUCGUAUGCAAGGAAUAGAAGUUCCUCAGAUAGGUGAGAAAAGAGAACGAGCACCACGUCUUGGAGAUAAGAAGAAAUCCUUAAAGAAGAAGCCAGCAGAAGCACAGCCAGAACAAAAGGAAGUUACAACCCCAGAAGAAACUUCAUUGCCACAAGUGGAAGUUGAAAUAGUAAGUCAAAAAGAAAAUAAAAUCAAAGAAGAAAGCAUUCCAGAAGAAAAAAUUAAAGAAUCUUGGGAAGAUAAAGAUGAUGUGAAAGAUGCUUGGGAUGAAACAUCAGAAGAGGAAGAAGAUGAUGAAGAAGAAGGAGAAAAAGAAACGCAGCCUCAAGCUAAAGAUAAAAUUUCUCAAGAAAUUGUUGUUAAAAAAGAGGAAAGUGAAGAAAGUGAUGACGACGACGACGACGAUGAUGAUGGCGAAAGAGAUGAUGAAGAUGAAGAUGAAACUUCUGAAGAAAGUGAUGAUGACAGAAAUAAACAAGAAAAAAUAAAAGAGAGAGUCCAGGAACGAAUUCAGAGAAGACGUGAAGAAGCAGAAAAGAAAAGAACAACUGACAAAUUGAGAUCUCCUGUUGUUUGUGUACUUGGACAUGUUGAUACUGGGAAAACAAAAAUUCUUGAUAAGAUUCGACGUACCCAUGUUCAAGAUAAUGAAGCAGGUGGUAUCACUCAACAGAUUGGUGCCACCAUGGUACCUCAAGAAGCAUUAAAAGAACAAUGUAAAAUGGUUAAAAAUUUUCCUGAAGAAAUUAAAUUGCCAGGUCUAUUAAUCAUUGAUACUCCAGGUCAUGAAUCUUUUAGUAAUCUACGUUCAAGAGGAUCAUCUCUUUGUGACAUUGCAAUUUUAGUUGUAGACAUUAUGCAUGGUUUAGAACCUCAAACUCUAGAAUCAAUUAAUCUUUUAAAACAAAAGAAAACACCUUUUGUAGUUGCAUUAAAUAAAAUUGAUAGAUUAUAUGAUUGGAAAUCAAGCAGAAACAAAGAUAUUCAAGAUAUUAUAAAAAGUCAAGCCAGAAAUACAAAAUUAGAAUUUGAUGAAAGAGUGCGUGAAAUAGUUGUUCAAUUUGCUGAACAGGUAAUUUCAGAUAAUUGAAAAUUAUAAUAAAAUAAAUAAAUUUCUAAAUUUCUAC